UUACAGAACGAAUUAUCAGCAAGAUGAACAGAAUCAUUCACCUGAGCUUGGCCUUGAUGGUGUUUUCUCUCGUCAGCCAUGGCCACCAUGAUGUCGAUCAUCCCCACGAUCAUCAUGACCCUAAGGCUGCUAUCAAGAUCCAGCGCAAUGUUGCUGAUUUUACCAUUGAACUCUACAAAAUCCUGGCUGCAAGAUCACAUGAAGAGAACCUUAUUUUCUCACCCUGCAGCAUUUCUAUGUUGCUUUCAGUUCUGUUAUUAGGGACAGACUCUAACACUCAUGCAGAGAUUUUAAAUGGCCUUGGCUUUAACCUGACACACAUUCAGGAAGAUGAGAUCCACCAGGGGUUUCAUGAACUUCUCCAUGUGCUUACGCAUUCAGAGAAGGAUUACAAGCUGGAUAUUGGGCAGGCCCUGUUUUUAAAGGAAGGCAUACAGCCAUUGCAGACAUUUUUAGAUAAGAUUAAGGAACUCUAUGAAGCAGAAAUCCAAACCACCAAGUUUCAGGAACCAAAAGAAGCUGAAAAGCAGAUCAAUGAUUAUAUAAAGAAAAAAACACACGGGAAAAUUGCAGAACUAGUCAAGGAUCUUGACCCAGAAACAGUCUUUGUUCUCACAAACUACAUAUACUUUAGAGGCAACUGGAAGACUCCUUUUGAUCCAGCGUUCACAAGGGAAGAGGACUUCUUUGUGGAUCACAACACAACUGUCAAAGUCCAAAUGAUGCACAGGACCGGUUGGUUUUACUACUAUUUUGACGAGCAGCUAUCUUGCACAGUACUGAUGAUAGGCUACAAUGGUACAGCCACCACCUUUUUUGUUUUGCCUGAUCCUAAAAAAGAGAGGGAAUUGGAUGCAAGUCUGUCAGUAGAAACUCUGAAAAAAUGGGCAAAGAAUGUACACAGGUAACAUUUCUUUUUACUGCUUCUAU